CUUCUCUCCUCUCUCUCUUCUUGAUUUCAACUUGAGAAUCGUUCGUUACUUGUGGAGAGAAAAGAGAUCGCCUUUCUCUCACUCUCCGCAUAGUUUGAUUGCGUUCGAGUCUUGAAGACCUCAUCACAUUGGAGUGUCUGCCUGUUUGAGGAGAGAAGAACGUCUUCUAAGGGUCCUUUUGCACUUAUUAUUCUCCAUGGCAAGUAAUGAGAAUCUACCACCCAAUGUUAUCAAGCAGCUCGCCAAGGAACUCAAGAGUCUUGAUGAAUCUCCUCCGGAUGGUAUCAAGGUUGUGGUCAAUGACGAGGACUUCUCACAAAUAUGUGCUGAUAUUGAAGGACCAGUUGGAACACCUUAUGAGAAUGGACUUUUCCGUAUGAAGUUGGCAUUGUCUCGUGAUUUUCCACAUUCCCCGCCUAAAGGCUACUUUAUGACAAAGAUAUUCCAUCCCAAUGUUGCUUCGAACGGAGAGAUUUGCGUUAACACGCUUAAAAAAGAUUGGAACCCUAGUCUUGGAUUAAGACAUGUCCUCUCUGUUGUUAGGUGCUUACUAAUCGAACCAUUUCCAGAAUCUGCAUUAAACGAACAGGCUGGAAAGAUGCUACUUGAAAAUUAUGAAGAAUAUGCUAGGCAUGCUCGGCUUUAUACGGGUAUCCAUGCUAAACCAAAACCUAAGUUCAAAGCAGGAGCUAUCUCAGAGUCAACGACGGCUCUAAAUGUAGACCAGACAAACAACGAAACACCUGAUGCUGCUAGUGCAAUACCCUCUUCAAUGGCAGACAUCAAGAGAGUAACAACAACGAGUGCCCAAGAUCAACAAGUGACUAACGUUCCUGUAGCAGCAGCAGCAACUGCAGGAAGUGCAAGUGUAGUCACUACUACAACACAGAAAAGGGAAGCAGGUUUGGCCAAAGUUCAGGCAGACAAGAAGAAGGUAGACGCCAGAAAGAAGAGCUUGAGGAGACUAUGAUGAUGAUGAUGCCUAUCUCAUUUUUAAACAUUUUUGUGUUUUAAUAAUCUCUAUACUCUUGAUUUGGAACUUGUUUGAAAUGAAUUUUGCUAAAUAAAUCAAAAAUUUAAUCUACCUUCUUGAUUCUUGGAUACAACAAACCUUUGGGAACCAGUUUGUAACUCUAUACACAAAUUUAAUCAGA